AUGCCAAAACAAAAAGACCAAAAGAUCUUGAUCAUCGGUACUGGCACCUUCGGAGCCUCUACAGCUUACCACCUAGCAAAACGAGGCUACACAAAUAUCACAUGUAUCGACAAGUGGCCAUACCCAAGUCUCGACUCUGCAGGAUACGAUAUCAACAAAAUCAUCAGAACAGAAUACGAUGAACCGCUCUAUGCAGAAAUGGCCCUCGAAGCCAUCCAAGCAUGGCGAGAUCCUCUCUACAAGGACAUUUUCCACGAAACCGGAUGGAUAUUGACUACUCUUGGUGACCCAAAGGCUACCGCUCACCUUCAGAAAUCAUACGAGAAUCUGAAAGCAAAAGGUCAAGCCCACAAUAUCGACUUUGUCAAAGGCAAAGACGAGAUUGCAAAAUAUGUGCCACAGCUGAAGAAUGCUCGCGAUAUCGACAACUGGAAAGGUCUAUGGAACAAGCAAGCUGGUUGGGCACACGCAGCGAACGCAAUCACCAAAAUCGCCGACGAGGCAGGCAAGAUGGGCGUAAAGUUCAUUUCCGGCGCAGCAGGCGAGAUGGUAUCCCUCGAGACCAGCGGCUCCAAAGUCACAGGCAUCAAAGUCAAAUCUGGUGACAUCUACACCGCAGACCGCUACAUUCUCUCCACUGGCGCAGCCUCUCCCGCUCUCCUUCCCGAACUUUCCACUCAGCUCUGGAGUAAAUGCUGGACUUACGGCUUACUCGAACUCACCGAAGAGGAAGCCGCUCAAUUCAAAAACAUGCCAGUAGUUCUCAACCACGAAUUAGGUUUCUUCUUCGAACCCAGUACUGAAGGCCGCUUGAUCAAAAUCUGCAACGAGUUUCCUGGAUACCAAUGGCAGAGAGGAGAAUACACCGAUCCCGCUACUGGCAAGACAAGUAAAUACAGCAUUCCUCGCUACUUCUCCGAGUAUCCUCAAGACGGCAUCCCAGAGGAAGCAAUGAACGCUAUCAAGCAUUUCAUCAGUACCGUGAUCCCGCAAUUCGAGGGCAGAGAAAUAAAGGGUGCGAAAGUGUGUUGGUGUACAGAUUCGCCGGAUGCGCAUUAUCUGAUCGAUACGCAUCCCAAGUAUCCUGGUGGGGAGCUGUUACUGGCGACGGGAGAUAGUGGACAUGCAUUCAAGAUGUUGCCGAUUAUUGGCAAGUAUAUCGCGAAUGCGUUGGAGGGCGACUUCAAGCCAGAGUGGAAGUAUGGAAACCGUGAGCAUCUUGAUAGUGGAAGGCCCGGAGAUGAGGUCAAAGAUCUCGAAGACGUGGGCAUCGGAGGGCCUCAAGCCAGAUUGUAA